AUGCGUCCCUUCUUUGGUCUUCUCGCUGCGGCCGCCGGUCUGGCCUCGGCUGCCGAGCUCCAGCACAUCACCGACUUUGGUCCCAACCCUACCAACGUCUCCUUCUACCUCUACGUCCCCGACGCCGUCCGCCCCAACGCGCCGCUGCUCGUCUACCCGCACUGGUGCUGGGGUUCGGCCCAGAACGCCUUUGACUGGAAGCCCUACCGACCGCUCGCCGACGAGCUUGGCUUCAUCGUCAUCUACCCCUCGUCGCCCAACGACGCAGACCACUGCUGGGAUGUGUCCUCGCCACAGACGCUCUCGCACGACGCCGGCGGCGACUCGCUCGGCAUCGUGAGCAUGGUGCGGUGGACGCUCGCCCACCACGACGUCGACGCCGACCGCGUCUUUGUCACGGGCAUCAGCUCGGGCGGCAUGAUGACCAACGUCCUCAUCGGCGCGUACCCGGACGUCUUCGCCGCGGGCUCCGCCUUUGCCGGCGUGCCGUUUGGGUGCUACGCCGCCGACGGCUUCGCCGUCUGGUCCGACGACUGCGCCAAGGGCAAGAUCCAGCACACGGGCGACGAGUGGGCGGCGCUCGUCCACGCCGCGUACCCGGCGUACGACGGCGUGCGGCCCAAGAUGCAGGUGCUGCACGGCGCGGCCGACGACAUCAUCAACGCCACCAACUACCACGAGGCCGUCAAGCUCUGGACGACGGUGCUGCGGACGGGCAGCGAGCCGCGCGAGGUCGACGAGGACACGCCGCAGGCGGGGUGGACGAAGAGCGUCUACGGUCGGAGGGGGUUCUUCGAGGCCUUGCUCGCCGACGGGGUUGAUCACAAUAUUCCCGAUCAGGCGCAGGAGGUUGUCAGGUUCUUUGAGCUCGACUGUGUUGGCGACGACUGCUUUUCGCGAAAGGACCUCGUCGUGCCGGGCAACUGUGUGAAGAAGCAGAAUAAGCUGUAG